GCAGUCGCGCGCCGGCCUGCAGGCAGCCUCCGUCCCGCGCUCGCCUCAGCUUGCCUCCCUUCCUCUUUCCCCCUCAGCCAUGUUGGCCGCCGCCCGGCUCCUCCGCCGCUGCGCCGCCCCCGCGCUGCGCGGCCUGAGCCCGAGGACGCCGCCCGCCGCGGCAGCAGUGUUACCUGUGCGCUGUUCUUCUAAUAAAACAGAGGUGACAGAUGAAGAGCUUGAUGCUCGCUGGGUGAUGUUCUUCAACAAACCAAAUAUUGAUGAGUGGGAGCUAAGGAAAGGUAUUAACACAUUGGUUGAUGCAGACAUGGUUCCAGAGCCAAAAAUCAUUGAUGCUGCUUUGAGGGCAUGCAGACGGCUAAAUGACUUUGCUACUACAAUCCGCAUCUUGGAAAUGGUAAAGUACAAAGCAGGCAGAUACAAGGAUAUAUAUCCAUAUGUUAUCCAGGAACUUAGACCAACUUUGGAUGAAUUGGGGAUUUCAACUCCAGAAGAACUUGACAUGGACACAAUAUAAACUUAAUAAUGAACUUCCCAUGAGUAUACUGUUAAGGUUCUGUGAUUGUACAACAAUUACCAGGAUAUAGACAUUAUAAUUAUUUGAAAUUACUUCUUCCUUUUAUUGACUCCUGGAUUGUGAAGCUGACCUAAUAAAGAGGAAAUGGUUUGAAUUGA